AUACACUGGACAGCUCAACAGAAAUUGUGGUGAUGGAGAGGGAAGAAGACAUUUCCCUGCCACAUGGGUCUAAAGAUAAAUUAAGCGAUGAGAAGACGGUUGCAUCUGACACAAAUCAUGUCCCUAACAGUUUGAAAGAGACCCACUCAGUCCAGAAUCCAGCAAUGAUUGCAGGUAAUAAACUGGCCUGUGAAAACUUGUUGGGAGGUACCAUUACAGACAGAGACAAAACAGAGAUUGAAACUGCUGCGGAAGAAAGUCAGUACUUUGAAGGUGAAUCUUCAUCAGAAAUGGAGAUACGACCUAUUGCAUCAGAACCAGAGGUACCCAGUGACAAAGCCUCAAGUCCAAAGACAGCAGUUCUUGAAUUGUCAAAACCAGAAAAGCGAAAUCUUGAAGAAGGCCCUGAUAUUUGUAGUGGUGGUCAGCCUUCAUGUAAUGCUGAUAUGGAAGAUCAUCAGUUACAAGGUACUGAAAAUGACAUUUGUCAUGAAGCUCAAGAUGAAUGCAGAAAAGCUGCUGGAGAUCAGCUACUGGAGCCUGAACAAACUGCAUUUCCAGAACAGAGAGGCCAACGUAUCUCUAUAGAAGAAGCUAGCUCUGCAGACAGUGAUCGCCUGUCCAAGUUCUACAUAUGCAGUCUUUGCACCUUCAGCUGUUGUCUAGCCACAGAUUUUACCAUGCAUCUGAACUCCUGCCAUGAUAAUGAAGUGGACUUUGUAUGUUACCACUGCCAGUAUCGAGGAGCUUACACUACAGACCUCACUAAUCACAUCACAGAGCACACUAUCAGCAGUGCAUUGUUUUGGUGCCCUGCAGAGACCUGCACCUUCAGAGCUGAGAGCAUUCGACAGCUGGAACCCCACAUAAAAGCUCAUAGUGAACUUGUGAAAUGUUGUUGCAGGACAUGCAAACUCUCUUUUGCAUCACCAACAGAUCUUCUUAACCACUUCAAAGAGCAUUCAAAGACAUUAUUUAGCUGCUCCAGGUGCCCUGCACGCUUCCUGUCCAGAGCAGCCAUCAUGCAUCACUGUCAGCAAGACCACACAGGCAGAUGUCUUUUCCGAGUUGUUGGAAUGCUACUGUGUCAGCAGAGAAUGGAAAAUGGAUACGAAAUCUUUGCUUUACAUGACAUGAAACUUGCAACAGAGACAAAUGAAGCCAUGGUCGAGGCAGCUAGUAACAGCCAAGACACAAAUCUGACCAGUAUCAAUGCAGAUUCCAGCACAUUGGAAGUCAUAUCACUUUCAGAACCGGUUUGUGACAGUAUAAGCAGAAACAUUUUGGGCACAAGUUGCAUUAGAGGUGACAGCAUUGAGUAUGGCUCCGAUCAAUUUAAAGCAUCAAAACAUAUAUCAUCACAAGACAGCUGUGGUAUCAAGUCACCCAAUCCUGAUGAAUCUGCUGGUUCAAAGAAAGCAAAGUCUCUCAGACUGAGCACAGAAAAUGUCAGCUUAGUUAAGGGUCUUUUAGUGGAGGCUGUCUCGUCAGUGAGACAAGAAAUGUGUGAUAAGAUGGGAUCUAUCCAAGAUCUUGACAACAAGCUGACAAAAGAAGAUUCAGUCUCAUUUCAUUCUGUGGUCAGCAUGCCAUCGACUACUGUGAAUGCAUUUGUGGCAGAGGUUGAUCCACCUAAUAACAAGCAAGCUGAGAACAGGUGCACUGGAGAAACCUCCCAUGAAGUGUUAAGGCAGAACCAGACAAAAGAAGAAGAGUCUCAUUCUGAUAUUCCUUUUGUUCAUAGCCCCACGCCUAUAGAACCUUCAUUGUUUUCAGUUGCAGUCCCUGAUGCUACUGUUGCAGACCCAGCCUCAUCUAGACAAACUAUAGAAAUAGCUGCCUCUCAUGCAAAUAUUCAGAAAACUCUGACAUUGCAGUUAAUGCUGAACCAUUGCUCACAUCAGGCUGUCUCCCUGUGACAGCAGGAACAACUAUACCUGGUGAUGACAUAGACAAAUCCACUUGGAGUUCAAGCUCAGCGCUAAGAUCUAACAUGCCAUUACCAGAAGAGAGACCAUCAGGUCUUUGUUCUUUGCCCAUAACAGAGCAUCCACCUAAAAAGCAGG